CGUCUUCGUUACAACCACUAAUACGUCUACAGCAAUAGGUUAUCAUGACUGGUCGCGGCAAAGGAGGAAAAGGUCUUGGAAAAGGAGGUGCCAAACGUCAUCGCAAAGUGUUGCGUGAUAACAUCCAGGGAAUCACCAAGCCCGCAAUCCGUCGUUUGGCUCGUCGGGGAGGAGUGAAGCGUAUUUCUGGAUUGAUCUACGAAGAAACCCGCGGAGUGUUAAAAGUUUUUUUGGAAAAUGUAAUCCGUGAUGCGGUCACUUAUACUGAACACGCAAAGAGGAAGACCGUGACCGCCAUGGACGUCGUCUACGCACUGAAACGCCAAGGUCGUACAUUGUACGGAUUUGGUGGUUAA